AUGGCGACACCGGUGGUGAAGGAGUCAUUUCGUGAGCGUCAAAUACACGAAUUAGAAGUGAUUAAGGCAAUUUUCGCUAACGAUGUGGAGGUGUUACGUCCCAGCUGUGACACAGAUACGCCAGCGGCACAAUGGAAGCCAACCGAAAUACGCAUAUCGCUAACGCCACUGCGCGAUUCCUCAAAUGGACACACGGAAGCAUACGCGCGCACUAAACUGCACAUUAUAUGCCCAUCAAAAUAUCCAAAAAUCGCGCCCAAAAUACUAAUAGAAGAAUCGAAAGGACUCUCAGACCAGUUGGUAGAGGAGUUAUUGCAAAAAUUACAACAGCAGUCAGAGGAGCUUCGCGGUGAAGUGAUGAUAUAUGAGUUGGCGCAAACUGUACAAUCUUUUCUACUUAAAUAUAAUAAGCCACCACGCGGUUCCUUCUAUGACGAAAUGUUACAGGAAAAUCAAAAGCGUGAACAAGAACGACUUGACAAACAGAAACGUAAGGAAAAUUUAGAGCGACAAACAUUGAUCGAGGAGGUUGAGCGCCGUAAAGAAAUGUUUAAAAGUGAAGCAAAAAGGCGUAGUGGUGAGACACGUCGUAGCAUGAGCGAAUCAAACUAUCACGCCAGCUCAUCGGAGAGUUCCGAGAAUUCAUCACCAUACUAUCGCAGUCAUUGUUACCCAAACAAAUGUUUGGAACAUCGCAACAGUGAAAAGCUUUACUUCCAUAGAGUAGGACGGCAAGUACAAAGGGGUUGUUGUUUAGGUCACUCACAGAAAGGCUGUGUGGCGUAUACAGGCAUAGAUUUGGACAGUGGUCAACUACUCUACGUGACCGAAUGGACCAUUAAGUAUUCGCAAUUAGAACAAAAAUGUGGAAAUGGCGGACAUUGCUAUUGGAUUGCAACAGAGCCGAAAUGCGGUGGUAAUCAUCGUGUCGAAGACGUUAUUGCCUCUAUUGAGAAACAAGUUACGACACUAUCGCAAUUACACCAUAAAAAUCUUAUACAGUACGAGUGUGUGUUGUGCAUAAAACGUAAGGAAGGAUUGAUUGUGUAUUUGGUGCAAGAUUUUCUGCUCGGCACCAGUUUGUUGAACAUAUCAUCCAGUCUGGGUUGGUGCAUUGAAGGCGUGCGCAUGGUUGCGCGUGGUGUGCUCGACGCGCUGGUAUUCCUACACAACAAAGGCGUCUCGCACAGUCACCUCAUGGAUAGCACAGUAUUUAUGGACAACACGGGCACCUUGCGUUGCACAGACUUUUCUUUGGUGCCUAACUUAUUAGAGCUUGUGGGCGGUAUAGGCCAGCGUUCGGUGCAAGGUGAUCUGCCCGCAUUUGGAGCGCUCAUCGAGAGUUUAAUGUCAACACAUACGUACGAGAUGCGUGAUUUCAUCGAUAAAUGCAACUCCGAUCGUACACUCUCGGCUUCAGAGCUAUUGGACCAUCCUUUUCUACAUUCAUCACUGCUCAGCCAUGACGAUAAAGCUAAUGCGCAACUCGCGCUUGCUUUGACACAGAAAAUGCCACGGCGCAUAUCUGGUGGAACGCCUGGCGCCGCGCUGCAGAAUGCCAAACCGCAGGAUCGUCACGAGCGCCAACAACAGCAUCUGCCUGCUUCGCUCUCCGUUAUGCCUGUAAUGCCCGUGAGUCAAUCCAGACUGCGCAAUGAGUUCGAAGUGCUCACAUAUUUGGGUAAGGGCGCUUUCGGUGAUGUGCUGAAGGUACGCAACAUAUUAGAUAACCGUCAGUAUGCGUUAAAACGUAUACCACUGUCAGCGCGUAGUCGCCAACUUUAUAAGAAAAUGACACGUGAGGUGGAAUUGCUCUCCCGCUUGAAUCACGAGAAUGUUGUGCGCUACUUUAACAGUUGGAUCGAGAGCGUUACUGAGGCGGAUGAAGCGGAAAUGGAUAAACUCUUGGGCGAUGAACUGUCAGGCAGCAACGACAUCAGCUAUAAACCAACAAAAUCAUCACAAUUGGGUCUGCCAGUUAAAGUGGGCGACGAAAGCUCGUCCAGCAUGUGGAGCGGUUGUGUACCGAAUGCAGAUGAUUCCGACUCCGAUGGCAUUGAGUUUGUGGACUCAAAUGGCGAAAUUGUCAAUUACGAUGAUGAUGACGACGAUGACGAAGAGGAGGAAUCGUCGCGGCAAGUUUCAAAGGGCGGCAACGCACCCAAACCUAUGCAAGUUAUGUACAUACAAAUGGAGUUCUGCGAGAAGUGUACAUUGAGAACUGCCAUAGAUGAUAACCUGUACGAAGACACGGAACGCCUAUGGCGUCUAUUUCGCGAAAUAGCUGAGGGUUUAUCACACAUACACCAACAAGGCAUUAUACAUCGUGAUUUGAAGCCCGUUAAUAUAUUUUUGGAUACGCACGAUCAGAUAAAAAUCGGUGAUUUCGGUCUGGCGACAACCAGUUUUCUGGCGCUACAAAGCCAACAUGAGCAAACAAAUCAGCAAUCUAUGCAGGUAGCUUCCAUAGAGGAUGGCACCGGCACCGGUAAGGUGGGCACCACGCUUUACGUGGCGCCUGAGUUGACCGGCAACGCUUCGAAAUCCACUUACGGUCAGAAGGUCGACAUGUAUACCUUGGGCAUAAUACUUUUCGAAAUGUCACAGCCGCCAUUCGAGACGGGCAUGGAGCGUGUGCAAACCAUAGUCGCGUUGCGCACCGCCGCCAUUGUUAUACCAGAGAAUAUGCUGAGCGAUAACCGUUAUGAGAAAACCGUCAAGAUACUACGCUGGCUGCUGAAUCACGAACCGGCACAGCGUCCCACCGCCGAAGAGUUGCUCUCCUCAGAUUUGGUGCCGCCCGCGCAACUUGAAGCGAACGAAUUGCAAGAAAUGCUGCGUCAUGCGCUGGCCAAUCCUCAAAGUAAAGCCUACAAGCAUCUGGUGGCGCGCUGCCUGCAACAACAGAGCGACGAACUGCUCGAAUACACCUAUCAUUUUGGCAGUUCCCGUAACAUGAAAUCCUGGAAUGCGCCCAUCUCAUUGGAUGGCUUCGUGUCGUUGAAUCCGAUUUUUGAAUGUGUCAAGGCCAAGGUUGUCGGUUUGUUUCGCAAACAUGGCGGCAUCGAAGUGGACACACCAUUGCUGUCACCGCUGUCGAAGCGCACCAAUCCGUGGAACAAUCCCGUGCGUCUAAUGACACACUCCGGCUGUGUGGUGGUGCUGCCCAGCGAUUUGCGUACGGAGUUCGCGCGCCACAUAGCCAUGAACGGUGUGAAUAUGAUGCGCCGUUAUUGCGUCGAUCGCGUAUACCGCGAAGAGAAAGUAUUCAAUUUUCACCCGAAACAAAGUUACGAAUGUGCCUUCGAUAUAAUUACGCCAUACGCCAGCAGUCCCAUCGUGGAUGCCGAACUAUUGGCGCUCGCCUUUGAGAUUACGAAUGAGAUACCGCGUCUGCGCGAGAAGAAUAUGCGCAUACGCAUGAAUCACACACAGCUGUUGCGCGCCAUACUGCUCUACUGCAAUGUGCCGAAGUCCUCGUACACAGAGCUAUUUGCGAAUAUAGCGGACUACAUUGAGGGGCGGAUUUCGAAAUUUCAAUUCCAUUCGGGCGUCACGGUGAUCAUGGAGAAAUCGCGUUCAUCGGCUACGGCGCUAAUCGAGCUGCUGCUCGCGAAUUUCCUAAUGAGCGGCACACGCAGCAGUGUCGACGAUUCGUCGCUAAAAUCGCUGAUACGUGGCAAGGGCGAAACCGCGUCGCUGGCAAAGAGCGCGCUCAGGGAGUUGGAGACGGUUGUGAGCCUAGCGCACAGUCUGGGUGUAACGUGUCCAAUACACAUUUUCGCCGGUCUGCCCAUCAGUUACGAUCGUGCCAGCAGUGGCGGCGUGGUGUGGCAACUGAUCGCCGAUCUUAAGCCGAAUCGCAGCGCGCAUUCCUCCGUCCUGGCCAUGGGCGAGCGCUACGACACACUACUGAAUGAGUUCCAAAAGCAAGCGCAGGGUUUCAAUCAGAACAUACCCGCUCGCGUCAUAAGCGGUGUCGGGCUCUCAUUCUGGCUGGACAAGCUGGUGGGCGCCCUAGAUAUGGAUUACAUGAAAGAUUGUCGCGCCAUCGAUGUGGCGGUAUGCGUGAAUGGUACACGCGCGCCACUCAAAUAUGUCACAGACAUUAUGCGCCUGCUGUGGUCUGCAAAUAUACGCUGCUAUGUGGUGGAGUCUGCCACCGGCGCUGGCGAUGAAGCGCGAGAUCUCGCCAAAUUGGGCGCUCUGCAUAUCAUAUUGGUGGCGGAGAAUGGCGCUUUGCGCAUUAGCUCGUGGGAGCGCGAUCGUUUUCAGGAGCGCCAUGUGACGCGCGCAGAGCUCGUCGAUUUCAUACGCAAGCUGCGCACCGAAUUGGGCAAUGCGAAUGCCAUCGACUAUGUCAGUCAGUUAUCGAAUAGUAGCGCCGGUGGCAAUGCCGGUUACAGUGGCAGUGGUGGGGGUGGCAGCAGUGGUGGCGGUGGCGGCGGUAAUUAUGGCCGCGGCGAUUACAGUUUGUCCACGUCUGCCUCGAACGCGAGCAUAAAAAGCAGCUACAAUCCCAGUCAGUGGCCCAAUGUGCAGGUGGUGUUUGUGGUGCACGACAAGUUGACGGCCAACCUGCGGCGCCGCUACGAGAAUCAGGUUACGCAGCAGAUGUCCGUCACACUGUCGCAGUUCAUGAAGAAGGAGAGCGUCAUCGUGCUGGUGGUGGAGCUGCCGCCAGUCACCGUUAAUGCCAUAGUAGGCGCAAUUAAUCCACGUGAAGCCGAUAAAAAGGAGACUGAAGUUGAAAUUAACAAUGUGAUAGAGCGGUUUCCUAAGUUCAAACGGUAUAUAACCGAAAUAACAGAUGAAAUUAUUGACUACCUAACCGGCGACAAAGCAACCGUAGUUGCCCUGUACACCAUAUCGGAUUCGUAUUAUCGCAUUAUCAUUUGAUUAGCACUGACAACCAGGCCAUCAGCGCCUUGUAUUUGCACACUCAGUGCAUUGACCCGCCACUUCCUUGUUUAAAAAAAAAAUGGAAAAAGUGAUUGCAAUUAAAUUGUCUACCAUCUCCUCUAUACAAUGUGGUUCAAAAUCUCAGAUUUGCUUUGCUAAAGCAUUUAUUUAACACAAUCUCCUCGUAGUCUCUUAAGUGUGUUUAGUCAAUUUGCCAACAAUGUAUUUUUA